CGUUCCCAGCGACGACUAGUCCUGCCAAUACCUUUCGUCAAAAUGCACAGAACGGCCGCGCCCCCCAUGAAAUUCCACCACAGCGCGCAAGCAUGGUGUCCCCAAUGCCAUAGCCGCACCUCGCCCCCUCUAUGUGCGGCACCUGUCUUUUCAAGUCAGCAAGCUAAACUGGACGCAUCCGUCGAGUUCCCUGUGAGAGCAAGCGAAGAAUAAGUUCCAGAUAUGCUACAGCACGUUGAAUCAUGUUCUCG